AUGGGCAUAAAACAAUUAACAUCUUACUUUGAAUUACAUCAUGCUUCUUUAUUCACAGAAAUAUUGGAUUUGAGAGGAAGUAAAGUUGUUGUUGAUGGAGAUGCCUUGUUGUACUGUCUUCUAAACUCAGUAUCUAGUCGUUACGGCGGAGAAUACAAUGAAAUGAGCAGAGUUUUUGAACAUUUUUUUAAAGAAUUGCAUUUGAUUAAUGUAAUGCCGUUAGUGGUGUUAGAUGGCUGCAUUAAUGUUUCAUUAAAAACCUGUACUACAUGUGAAAGAAACAAACAACGAAUCAAAGCUUUGGGGAAUAUUAACCAAUCAAAUAAAAGUCAUAAAAAUCUUCCUAUACCUUUAUUUUCAAAACAAGUUUUUAUUGAGGUUAUGCAAGAGAUGUGCAUUCAUUUUGUAGUAGCACCCAAUGAAGCAGACAUGUUGAUAGCAGUUUUUGCAAAUUAUUUAAAUUGCCCUGUUGUAUCAUCUGACUCUGAUCUUUACAUAGUUGAUGUUGCACAAGGAGUUAUUUCAAUGUCAAAUUUCAUGAAUGUAUCCAACUUGAAUAAUGUUGUUAGUUAUAAUUUACAAAAUCUUUGUCAACUUUUACAUCUUGCAAAGGAAAAAAUGCCUUUUUUAGCAGUUAUAUUGGGAAACGAUUACAGCAUUAAUAGUUACUUGACAUUAUUUCAAAUUAAAAGUGGCAUUAGUGAUCAACAAGGUAAUUUGAUUAAAGUAACUCCUCGGUUACAAAAAGUAGCAGAGUAUCUCAACUCGAUAUCUAGUAGGGAUGAUAUUAUUAGAAGUUUAGUUCAAGAUGUAGGUGAAAUGACUGCAGAUAUAAAGGAACACCUUAUAAUGAUAUUGGAUAAUUAUGAUUUAAGUUACUACAAACUACAGGCAAGCUCUUUGUUACCAAUUUUGUUAAAGCAAAAUAGUAACCCUGAAUGUCAAUUAAAAAGUUACAAUUCAAUGGGAGAUUAUUUAAAAGUUAUGUGCAGUCAUGGAAAAGUUCACUCUUGUGUUUUAAACAUUUACUUUGACCAUGUACAGUUUUAUCACAUUCAAAGUGAGAAUGUUUCGGCAAAAGCUGCCACUUGUAUUUCACGUGAUUUAGUUGACAUAAUAUAUCAUCUAUGCUCAAUCACAGACAAUGUAAAAGAGUUUCAAAGAGCUGGCUUAAAUUAUAAAGAAAAACUAAAAGUCGUUGAUCAAACAGUUAAUGAAAAGACUAACACGUCUGAUCAGAAAUCAUAUAUGUGUCAACUUGGAAAAUUUUAUUUUAACGAAAGUGAAGCGGAAAACACAAUUAUGAUCAUUUCAUUAAGAUUUUGGAUAAUCAAGGCUAACGAGUAUAACUGUCCAGUUAGUAUUGAGCAUAUCAAGGCUCUUGUUAUAACCUAUCUUAGUCUAAAAGUUGAGAAUAGUCACACUUGGUUUAAUUUAAAUUUUAAAGAUUUUGAUGUUGCUGUUGGUCAUAGAUUUUGUGAAUGGCAAUCUGUUGUUUUUUAUUUGAUGAUAAUUAAUUGUUUGCUGUCGUUUCCACUUACUUCACCAAAGUUGAGUCUGAUCUUUUGUGGGAAACGAGCUCACUCUGCAUAUAAAUUUCUUAUAUCUUACGAAAACGAAGAUAAAUUGGUAAAUGAUGCGAUUGGCUACAUGGAGUUUUUAAAAAUCGUCACUGAUGGUUUACUUCAUUGCAUUAAGAUUACUCCGCAAUCAUUGCUCAAAAAGAAAAAAAAAAGGAAAUAA